AUGAUACUGUCAUUUCUAGCUAAAAAGAACGCUGUCUCGGAUAGAACUGUUCCGUCCUAUAUGCUUCACAAGCUCAUUGCAGAUGUUGAUAAGAUACUGCUAAGCAUAGUGAACAAAGAGAGCAACUCUGAGCAAAAACCAGAUACAUCAGAUGAAAUUAUUUUAAUCCAAAGCGGAAACGAUGCACUUGCAAAUAACACAGUCAAAAAUGAAUCAAGCUCCAACAUAAAGAGGUAUGGUGUUGCAUGGCUUAAGCUGUUUGCACUACUCUUCUUUGUCAAUGUUUUUACAUAUAUAGACUAUGUAUCGCAUAUGUUUCUGUGGGAUUAUCCUUCUGGUGCAUUUCUUUCACUGCACAGCCUGCCCGUAUAUGUGAUAUGUUUUAUUAAUGUAGUUUCAAACCUGCUAGUAACACUUAUGUACUUCACUCUCUUCCCUAUCUUCUCUCUGAUCAGAUAUAUAAUGAAAUCAGAGAGUUGGAAAAUGCGCAGCAGAAAACUGUACAUUUUUUAUACUGUGCUGACUUACUCCACUGCCUGGCUCUUUUCAACAAUACUCUGCAGAAUUUUUAUACAUGUUUUAGCGAAUCUUCUGUUGUUCGUAAACAUUGGCUUUGUGGUAGCUGUUCUCCUGUUGCUCAUUUACAUUGGGUGCUUGGCAAUAGAAUUUGCCAAUCUUUUCAUGGGAAAGAAGCAUGGGAGUACAUGGAGAAGCAUAGGAGUAUGCCAUCUGCUAUACAUUGUGUAUCUUAUAGCCUCCUGCUUUAUCCUGCUCUGCAACUUCACCUUGUUGGCUGUACUUCUUAGAAAGUGCACACUCAAUCAGACAAUUGUCGGAAUACAAUCAACUCUGGCAUACUUAUUUAUAGCAUACAACACCAGCAUUCUAAUUAGUGGAAUAAAAUUGUGCUAG